AUGAAAGAGAUGCUGCCGAGCCCUAAUGAAUUGACUGAGUUGGACUCAGUAGAGGUUACAGAGCCCCAGGAAAACGAAAUACACAAUGCAUAUUCAGGUCAUGUAUCUUCAUCCCAGAGAGGAUCUAAUGUUAUGGCUUUUUUCAAGAGGAAUGCUUUUGUUGUUCUUACAAUGGCUGCUGUUGCAUUAGGUAUUGGCCUGGGCUUGGCUCUGAGACACAUUAACAUGUCAGCCAGGGACGUAAAAUAUUUAACCUUUCCUGGAGAACUGCUGAUGAGAAUCCUGCAGAUGUUGGUGCUUCCUCUCAUCGUUUCCAGUCUGAUUGCAGGAAUUUCAUCUGUGGACAGAAAGGCUUAUGGGAAAAUUGGGCUUAGGGCCCUCAGCUUUUACUUGGUCACAACAGUUAUUGCUGCGUUCACUGGCAUUGCCCUAGUUCUCCUUAUCCAACCAGGGAAAUCGCCCAGGACUGGCUCAGUGUCCUCUAGUAGUGAUGCAGAGCCUGUUAAUGACACCAAAUCUAUGUUUUUGAUUUAUAGAAACAUGAUUCCCUCAAAUCUGGUGGAAGCUUGUUUCAGAAAGCAUAAAACAGUUUUUCCCAGUCGUGUUUCUGCAGGAAAUGUCAGCAAUAUGACUGAGACGAGUGAAAACAAUGAUAGAGUACCAGAGCAAGUCACCUCAGAUGGAAUCAAUAUCCUGGGUCUGCUGGUCUUCUCUGUUGCCUUUGGCCUCACUCUGGGAAAUAUGGGCCCUGAGGGAAAACUUCUGAGGGAUUUCUUUGACUGCCUGAAUAAAACCAUUAUGCGUCUAGUGGACAUAGUCAUGUGGUAUUCUCCAGUGGGAACCCUCUUCCUGCUGGCUGGACAAAUUGUGAAGAUGGCAGACGCUGGGGAGAUUGGUCGUGGAGUUGCCAUUUAUACUGCCACUGUGAUCACUGGCCUGCUAAUUCACAGCUUCUUCACUCUGCCCCUCAUCUAUUUCAUGAUCACACGUAAGAAUCCCUACAGGUUUAUGAGUGGUAUCCUCCAGGCUCUCAUCAUGGCCUUUGGGACUUCAUCAAGUUCUGCAACCCUACCUGUUACCCUCCACUGUAUGGAAAGUAAUCACACCAUGCACAAACACGUGACACACUUUGUGCUCCCUAUUGGGGCCACAAUGAACAUGGAUGGUGCUGCGCUCUAUGAAUGUAUAGCUGCUUUAUUCAUUGCCCAGGUUAAUAAUAUGGACUUUAACCUGGGUCAAAUCAUUAUCCUCAGUUUGAUUGUCACAGCUACAAGCUCUGGUGCAGCAGGCAUCCCGCAGGCUGGCAUAGUGUCCAUGUUUAUUGUGUUGUCGUCAGUUGGACUUCCCACUGAGGACAUAUCGCUGCUCUUAAUUUUUGAUUGGAUCCUGGAUCGUUUGCGGACUGCCACCAAUGUACUGGGCGACUGUAUCGGCGUGGGUGUAGUGCAGCAUCUGUCCAGACACGAACUGCAGAGCUUUCCCCAAUGGCAGGAGAAGAACAGGAAGCUGGCUGUUCCUUGCACCGUCAGAGAGAUGCCACUGACAUCGCCCAGAGCUCAGUGCAGCUGUGAGGGGAGGGAGGAGGACGCUGUCUCCCUCUCAGCCUCCAGUCGCAGCGUCAGAAAGCAGCAGGCAUCCUCCGGCAGUCCGGGUCCCGAGCGCACGAGUGUCCCGCCUGCAGAUGUAAACAAUGAUGACCCUCACCCCACCCAGCCGGGUCUGAGGAGGAAGAGGACCAUCUGA